AUGGUGGCCAAGCAAGCUUCAACGUCGAAGAACUCCUCUUCUCCCCCUUCUUCUUCUCCAGCCUCCUCGGCUCCCGUUGAAACACCCACCUUCAACUCCUACAAGAGAACGAUGUUGUUCAGAAUUAAAUCUGACGUGAGGAAUGCCUUAAGACAAGCUUCGUUGUGUAGCGAGUUCGAAAGGAAACUGAAUGUAACGAAGUCGAUAACGAAGAAGAAGCCGAAGAUGCCGCCAAGCGCCUUCUUCAUUCACAGGGAAGAUUUUCGCAAAGAAUUUCAUGAGCAGAACCCAGAUGUCAAGUCCAGGGCGAGUGAGUUUGGCAAAGCAUGCGGGGAGAAAUGGAAAACAAUGACAUAUGAGGAAAAAGUCAAGUACUAUGACAUCGCCAUCCAGAAAAUGGCAGAGUUUGAAAUUGCCAUGAAGGAUUACAGAGAGAACAAGGAAUCUGGCGAAUACGAGGACAGUGAUGAGGACUCCGACUCCGACGAUUACUACUAG